AUGAGCAGAGUUGGUCCAUACGGAAAACUUAACGCAAAUAUGGAGGAUCGAAAAAAGAAAAAAGAGGAAGAAGAAAAGAAACGAAAAGAGCAAGAAGAUGCUGAAAUGAAGAGAAUGUAUCACGCUACGGCUUGUCGAAGAACGCACCUUUUUCCUAGUGAAAUGACUGGAACAUCCGAAGAAAAGAUGGAUGAAGUUCCAGAUGCUAUGAAAAAUUUGAAUAUUUCAAUUUCCAGACAAGGAUGUGUUGAACCUCAAGAUCUCUACACUAGCGAAGUCGCCAGAGGGCCAACACCGAGACCAGUUGGGGAUCAUCCACAAACGUCGAGUGAAGAACAAAUUGAAGCAACUCCAUACCCAACUAUUCCAAAAGAACAAGCCGAUCGGAUUGACAGAGAGUUGCUCAGAUUAAAAUUAAAAAUAGCAAAAGAGGAGGAUGAAAAGAGACAAAGAGAGAAAGAAGAACUAAAGAAACUCAGACCAAAACGAGGAUCUUUUAUUUAUAAUAUCUUUUUGACAAAUCCAAACCACACCGUUUCAACAUCAGAUGAUUCCAAUCCGAACAUUGAAUCAGGUGCAACUUCGGUUGGACCAACACCGCGAACAACAGCUCAAGCAAAAGAAUCACCACAGGAACUAAAUCCUUCAGAUCUCAACAAACCUCCGGUUGGCAAGAGUAAAGUUUGUUCAAUUAUGUGA